AGCCUCCUCUUUCCUCUCUCCUGUCUCCUCGACUGCACGCAUAUUGGGACGUCCUUCAACAUGGCGUGUCUCGAUGGAUUUCCGGGUCAUGUGAUCGAGCUACUAAAGUUAUUUUAUUAGCUGUAUUACAGCAGACAGACAGACAGACAUACAGACAUGUACCGCUGCAUGCUAAGAAGUGUGUGUAGCGGGGGAAGAGUGUGUCCUGCCCUUGUGCCUCCUCCCACCCAGUCACCAUCAUGGAUGCUGAGAAACACGACAGAGGAGAGACAUCACAGGCUGGCUGAGCAGUGUUCAGUCCGCUGUAUGAGCUCUGCAGCUAGGAGGCCGAGAGCUCUGCACAGCGCCUUCCCGGUGCUGGAGCAGCCCCUCCAGUCGAUCCACCAACAUGUGUAUGAAGCUAACCUCCGAAACAGCAACGCCUGCCACAAAAGGUACAUAGAGUUGCUUGAAAAGGCAAGGAAAGGUGGAGGGGAAAAAGCCAUCGCCAGACAUACUCAGAGAAACAGAAAGCUGCUGGUCAGGGAUCGGCUGCGCCUCCUGCUGGAUGAUGAGGACUUCCUGGAGCUGUCACCAUUAGCUGGUCUGGGUCUGCCCUAUGGAGACAUCUCUUCAGCCGGCUGCCUGACUGGCAUUGGCAGGAUCAAUGACCUCUGGUGUGUGUUUAUUGCCAUGGAUGCCACAGUAAAAGGCGGCACAGCCUAUCCAAUCACUGUAAAGAAACAGCUACGAGCACAGGAAAUAGCACUUCAGAACCGCCUGCCUUGUGUUUACCUGGUCGACUCUGGAGGAGCUUUUCUACCACUGCAGUCAGAGAUUUUUCCUGAUAAGAACCAGGGAGGGAGGACGUUCUAUAACGAAGCCAUCAUGUCCGCUAUGAAGAUCCCGCAGGUGUCAGUGGUGUGCGGCUCAUGCACGGCGGGUGGAGCUUACAUCCCCACUAUGGCAGAAGAGACGGUGAUAGUGCACCGGAUAGGAACCAUUUUCCUGGCCGGGCCGCCUCUUGUCAAGGCCGCCACAGGAGAGGAAGUCACACCAGAAGACCUGGGAGGAGCCAGGCUUCACGCUGAGGUGAGUGGCUGUGUGGACCAUUUUGCCUUUGAUGAAAAGGAGGCAUACGAUUGCGCCAGAAACAUCGUAUCCACCCUCAACUUCCAACUGCCCGAGGAAGAGGAGGAGGAUGAGGAGAAGACAAGGAAGAGGAAAGCUGAGGAGGAGCCACUUUAUAGUUCAGAGGAGCUUCUGGGGCUUGCUCCUGAAUGUUAUAACUCCAGCCUGGAUGUUAAAAUGGUAGUCGGUCGGCUCACAGACGGGAGCCGCUUCCAGGAGUUUAAAGCUCGCUAUGGAACCACACUCGUCACUGGCUUUGCAAAGAUUCAUGGCAACUUAGUGGGAAUAGUAGCCAACAAUGGAGAGCUGUCAUACCAAGCGGCACUGAAAGGAAGUCAUUUUGUCCAGUUGUGUGACCAGAGAGACGUCCCCCUCCUCUUCUUCCAGAACACAGCACCCACAGCAGGUCUAACCCUCUCCACAACUCAGGCAGAGAUGAACAGUAACCGUCUGAAGGCUCAGGGUUCGAUGAUGUCAGCAGUAGCGUGUGCCUCCGUCCCCAAAAUCACCGUGGUGAUUGGUGGUUGCCAUGGUGCUGACAGCUACGCCAUGUGCGGGUCGGCUUUUGACCCUAAUUUCCUGUUCCUGUGGCCCAACGCCAGAGUGUCGAUGAUUGCUCCGGGUCACGCCGGCUCUCUGCUUCCCCUGGACAGCGAGUCAGAGGAAGAGAAGAAAAAGGAGGAGGACGAGUUAAAUAGGAGACUGAUGGAGGAGAGCUCAGCUUUCUUCUCCUCUGGCAGACUCUGGGACGAUGGAGUCAUUCUGCCUCAGGACACCAGGAAGGUUCUCGGAGACUGCCUGGACAUCAUCAAACAGCAGCAGUAUCAGCUCUCCACAGAGAAACGGCAGUCAGCACUUCUGCGUAUAUAGAGGCUGCGAUCUUUCUUCUCCUCACUACCACAAGCAUCCAUCCGGUUGCUAGAGCCCAUUGAUCACUUUUACCAAAAUGUGCCAAGAGGAUUCACGCCGAGCUCUGGCCCGUAUUCAGUAUGACUGUAAUUGUAAAUGAAGAUGCAUCAUCCUAAAAGUGAAAAUUGAGGAAUUAGCAGCUCUUGAAGAAAAUCUGCAUACUUUACUGCAAAUCAUCUAAACUCCUACGUAAAAAUUGACUGAUGGAUUAAACUUCCUAAAAGGUUUUAGAGUUCUGAAAUAUUGAAUUUGGACCCACGCUGAUGCAUCUACUCCCCUGAAUUGGGGGCAAGUCAUAAGAAAUGUAAAAUGAUCGUGGCUGCUCUGUAUACACACACGUGAUAAUUUCAUGUUUAAGUUUUUGGCAUAGUAAUUCUCACAGUUGUGUUGGAUUAUUGAAUCCAACACUUGAAUCUAACACUCUGGUUAGAGUCCUGGUUAAUCCUGCAGAAGGUCCUCCUCUUCAGGGUUUUGGUCAUUGUCACUUUCUCAUCAUGUCUCAGUUACAUAAAGAUACGCUUCACCUUCACCAGCACAAAGUCGUCCAAUGCUACACCACGUGUGAAAGACUCCCAUUACUGUUAGAAGUACUGUUAAUGAGUCUGUUGUGGUCAGUGGUCUGUUUGAGCCUCAACCCAGUUCAGUACAGAUCUCACUUGAGAUGUUUUGUUUUUGUUUUAUGUGACAAAUGUUUUAAUUUGCUAUCUAAAAGCCCCUCAUAGGAGCUUUAACAUAAAGCACAGAUUUAUUUUUCCCUCGUAACAAUUUAUUUUACAGUAAUUGUCGUCAAAGAUUACUAGAUUGUAAUAAAUUGUGUUCUGUAAUUACGAAUGUAAAUAAAUCAUUGUAAUGUAGUUGUAUUUUAUUGAUAUACAACAAUAUUUUAAAAGUUUUAAAUAUAAUAUUAAAUUGCAAAACUAG